GUGCAGAUGGUCUACCUCUCAGUCCUGCGCCAGUGGCAGAGUGCCCUCCGCCGGAGCAGGGGCCUCCCAAAGGUUACGAUGCAUUCUUCACGUAUCCUCCAUCCCUAGACGUCUACCGGAAGGGCAUGGGCACAACUAGGACAAGCAGUACCAUGACAUCCGUGACGCUGACGACUAGCCUGACUUUGACAACCACCCUGUGGCAUGCAGAGGGGUCCUGGCAGUAUGUAGGUUCAUGUACAAUUAGUGGAGACUGCGCGCAGACUCCUCAGGACGGUGAGGGGCAAUGCACGCUCACGCUCCCUCGAGGCACACCGGUGAAGGUGACACAGGUGGGUUCCUCGCCUGCUGGGAAUUUCAGCAUUGACGGCCUGGACCUUGUGCCUGGCCAAGACACUGGCCGCACCUUCGUGGUUGACGCGGCGAUCUCGUGGUUGGGUGCUGGUUCAGGCAGUUCAGGGGGGACCGGCUUCUGGGAGGUUUGCAUAGCAAGGCCAACCUGCUCGGAUGGCCUCUCCGUCUCGCCUCUGUCCUCUGCAGAGUGCCCUGCAAGUGCAGAAGACCUCCCAGGCUGCCAGGCGGCCCUGCCCGGUGAGCUUUGUGUAGGUGACGGUGAAUGUCUUACCUACACCGACCUUGGCAACUGCCCGCCAGCAGCUGUCUACAGGAAGGAGACGGGUUCAACCCGGACGCUGACCUCAACAACAUCCGCUACGGCGACCUUUACCCCCUCCGCAUGGCAAGUGGCGGGCCCAUGCACUGUGACUGGCACCUGUGCACAGAGCCCAAAUUAUCCAGAGCCGUAUGGGCCGGAUGAGAGAUGUCAGCUCACUCUUCCUGCAGGCUCAAUGGUUACAAUUGCGGCCUUUGCCACGGAGCUCAACUACGACCGCCUCACCAUCAAUGGCCAGGAUUACAGCGGACCCGGACGCGCCAUUGUUGGCAAGUCCUUCACCGUCACCGGACCUCCAGGGUUUCUGGGAGGGACCUAG